CUACCGAACCUUGAAAUACAGAACAGAGUUUCAUCCUCCCCUCUCUUCUUUCCUCUGUACAACCAACACUUCUUAGGAGCUCGAUCUACGCUAGUAUACUCGUCAACAUGGCAGAACGUUCACUCAUUUUCUCGCCUGCUCCGUACCAUAUAAUCUCAUAUGGCACGCUACUGGGGACCACCUUUUUCCAGUCUUUCGUCAAUGGAAUAGUUGCAUUCAGAGCGUUGCCGAGACCGCAGUUCUCGAUUCUUCAACAGAAGAUAUUCCCAGUUUAUUUCGUCAUUCAAUCGGUGCUUCCAGUCACACUCGCCUUGACUUGGCCUGGAUCCAGGAAUGGUCUCCUGAGUACGGCAUCGGGCAUCGCCGGUGUACUUGAUGAGCAAAACCGCUGGGGCGUGCUGGUGCCUAUAGGCACCAUGUUUGUAACAGGUGUAGCGAAUUUGCUUUGGUUGCUUCCGGCGACAACAGGAUGCAUGUUGGAGAGACGGGUGCAGGAGAAGAAGGAUGGGAAACGUAGUUACGAUCCCGCUCCUCACUCAGAGGAGAUGAAGGCACUGAACAAGAAGUUUGGCAUCCUUCACGGCAUAUCAUCGCUGCUGAACCUCGGCACUUUUAUCGCCCUCAUUUGCUAUGGCUUCACUUUGGCAGGCCAUCUGCACUGAAGUAUAACCAUGCAACAAGCUAAGGGUACCCAUCAGACUAUCUUGUGUUGGACGUAUUUGGUGAUGAAACUUUUACAGGAAUGGAACAAUAUCUAAGUGUUGUUGCCGUGUUGACAAAUAUUAUAAGAGCUGCUCAAUUUACCUAUGACAUAGCAUAGCAGUCGGCUGUCAUGAUGAUAAUGCAAAUGCUAUUAUUCUAUAUGGGUAUAUCAGACCUCAUGGCAAACUUAGCCAGAUCCAAAUCAACAAAAUCCAAAAAGGGCUGCGGAAUUUAACAGAUGUCUUCCUCUGCCAUUGCUUGAAACCGAU